AUGUCAGACAGGAAAAAAUCUGAAUCAAAUAGUCAGGUUAAAAAUGGGUUUGAUAAAGACUACUUCAGACAUUUACUAGAUUUUCAAAAAAGAGCACGUCUUGAUGAUGUUACUAUUGAUCAGUAUGAACAUCAAAUUAACAUUAUAUUCCAAAUAGCCAAUAUCCUACAGCGUGAUACAAGAAAAGAUUUAGAUGCUCUUUAUUAUCUAUUAGAUCAUGAACUACCGACACCUUCAAUUUUUUCAAUAAUCAGUUUAUCUAUACAGCUAAAGAAGCUUCAACUUUUAGAUUUGAAACUAAGAGUUGAUUCAAUCCACAGGGCCAGGGGGCAACUAACUACAAAAGUUGAAAAGUUGACUGAUAAAAAAUUGCUAUUUGAACAAGAAUUAGACCAAAUACGACUCAAAAUGCUUAAAAAGGAAGCUUCUAUGAUACGGAUAUAUGAAGAGGAAUUGGAAAAAUUAAACACAAAAAUCGAGGAUUAUCAAUUAACUAAGAUAAAACAGGUAGAGCUUCAAGCAUUGAAACUACAACAUGCCAAUUUUAAAGUUAUCUGUGAAGUAUCAUUCCAUCAAAAGGAUAAAAAAUUGCUAUUAAACCAGCAGCCCAUAUUGAAAGUAGAGGAAUUUUUGGGGUAUAAUUUGUUAGUAAUAAACCAAUUUCUUGAAAGAUUGAUUGUUUUGCAGUCACAAGUGGCCUAUUUGUUUAACAUGGAGUUACCAUAUUUAAAUGAACUAGUGACUUUCUUGCCCGAUGAAAAAUUCUACAACUUAAUACGAAAAAAGGAAAUGAUAAUAUCAGGGUUAGAUGGCAAUGAGGAAGAUGAUGAACAAGAGGAUGUGAAAACUCCAGAUAUCCCUAACGACAUUCAGAAUCAUACAGAAAAGAUUUUUAGAAUGGGGGAUGGAUAUAAUCUACCACCUUCAUCGAAAACGUUGAACUUUCAAAUGCGCCGAAGAGCGUCAUCUGUCGAGCCUGCGGAUUUAAACAACAUUCCCGUCAUUAAAGAACUGUCUCUGCCAUUAUCAUCACCAUCAAAGAAACCUGUUUCUAAGAAAAUCAUUAUCCCACACAAAAUAAUAAACAAACCUUUUAAUAAGCUAUCAAUAAAGGAUUUUCUCAAAUUUGUCAAUGUAAUAGUUAAAAUUAUAAUCAAUUUCCAAUUAUUUCUCAUUAAAAUAAACAAUAGCCAGGAACCCAAAAUUCUGGAUUGGUGCAAUUUCCAAACAAUUCUUCAAGAAGUCAUGAAGGUGGACCAGGUGUUAAAUGAUCGAAUCUAUACCGAGUCUACUACGAAUACGGAGGUUACUCAGAUCCCAAAAAAAUUUGACACUAAAGAAAACUUUGAGAGCAUCAUGGAACAUGUUUACAACACUCUCAUGAGGUCAUCCUAUAGUAGGAAACAACACUCCGGGCCAGUAGCCCUACAAGAUUUGAACCUCAAGUCUUUAAUUAACAAUCAACCAAAGCUAAAUUUUAGCAACGAAUGGGACAUAGUGAGUGGGAUGUUGUAA